AGAGGUGACACUGUGACAGCAACAGCAUUGAUUGCAGUCGAAAAUUUUACACAUCGUAGUGUUUUAGAAAUUAUUGAAUUAAAAAUAAUCCUUCCAUAUUGUAUAACAACAUCAUGAAUAGUAUUGGGGAAGAAUGUACUGAACUGAAGAAAAAAUACGACGAUUGCUUUAAUAGUUGGUUUUCUGAAAGGUUUUUAAAAGGUGACCAUGACGAUUCCGUUUGUGCUGGUAUAUUUAAAGUUUACCAAGACUGCGUUAAGAAUGCAAUGAAACAGCAGAAUAUAGAUUUCAAAGAAAUUGAUAAGGAUGUACUUGGCACAGAGGGUGAGUACAAAGCACCACCAUCAGGCAGCAGUUGACAGAACUACUUGAUGUGUGCAUUGCAACUUGCAACAUGCCACAAAAUGCACUUUUGGAAUGAACAACAUGUACCAGUGGAUUACAAACCGGAAAAUAAUACUAAUAAGUAAAUGUUGUCAGUUAAUUGUUCAGUCUAUUGUAAAUAAACUCUGGCUUUAUUGUUAGCACUUGCUGAAUUGAUGUUAUUUUGUUACUCAGAGCAUUUUAUUGUGUGAGGUGUGGGCAUUGGGCAUUAUGCCUUGUUCCAUUAGUUCAAAGAUGUAGAUAAUGGCUGUUUUUAUUUAGGUUGUUAUAUUUAGAUGUUUAGGAGAAUUACAAUUUUUGAACACAAA